CUGCGAGGCUAACCCUUAACGCGGUCCGCUUUGCCCCGCUUUGCGGAUAGGAUGGGGCUGCCCGUGGGUUGGGCGCGUUGCAACGCGUGGCUCUUCCUUGGCUACUUUCUAAGCAGCAUUUUUACCUCCGGAGCUCUCGAUUUCCCAGGUACGGUGUCUUGCCACGAUGACCCGUGGCGAAUUUGGCUGCCAAAGGAAGUUGCCAACUUGAGCUCCUGGGACAUAGACAUUCUCGAUGGCAGCGGGGAUGACAUGGAAGACUGCCGUUACCAAAUUGACUACGGAAAGCAAGUGUUGAUGGUUGGGCAUCAAAACUGUACUGAAAUGGAGGACAACAAGCCGCGCCUGAGAUUCAGGUUGCAGUUCAACGACACAGAGGGGGUUCUUCGGCCCCAGAACGAAACGUACAGCGUCGACUGCGACACCAUCCAGGCUGAUGAAGCGUUUUCCGACAAUGGCUUCGCCAGUGCUACUACAAACUGCACCAAAAACGUCAUGGCAGUUACAUUCCCAAGGCUGAUUCCCAGUUUUCGGGAUGAACUCACGGCUGGCCGGCCUGGAAUGGGGCCUGAAAUGGCAUCUCUAAUGGAGUGGAUUGUAUCGAUCGAGGAUAAUGGCCGGAUCCAUCAUUUGAGUCUCAGGCAGGCGAUUCAACAGGGCUACACAUUCUUUUCCGAUGCCAGUGAUAUCAUCAUCCAAGUCCCGUUUAAUGCAAGAGGAGUUGCAGUUUACAAGGAAGGUGACCACGUGUUGUACACGGUAGCCAUCAAGCUAACUUAUGGGCCACCAGAGCAGCGCCUGACUCUGGAAUCAAGAAUGAUCUGCGCCCCAGGCCCAGCAAUCUGUAAUUCGACCCACAUGAUGGUGAUUCUCCCAGCUUUCCCAGGAAAAUUGACAGAUGUCAGUCUGAAUGAGAAGAACAUUCCGGUACACCAACUUCAAGCCAAUGGGAUUGGUGUGGAUACCAGAAAAGGAGUGAAGUUGUAUAUUCCCAAAAGAAUUCUGAACACACGAGCCUACAGAGAUCACGACUGCUCAGGUUUUCAGUUGUACGUUGAGUCCUUGACGUUGAAUUUUGACUACCGUGGCGAAAUAGCCACCAUGGUUAGCUAUCCAGAAUGCCCUUGUGAACAAAAUGCACCAAUAGUCACCAUAUGCACUCAAGAUGGACACAUGGAUUUUGAGAUAGCGAGCAGCAGUACGAAACCGGACUUAAACCUGGAUACCCUCAGGCUUAGAGACCCAACCUGUGGGCCCGUCUACUGGUCGGCUUCGAAAGAUCGAGUCCAUUUCCGUGUGCCACUGAACGGUUGCGGGACCACGGUGAAGGUGGUUGGCGAGAAGAUGGUUUAUGAAAAUGAAGUGAGUUCCAUUUGGCCAGAUCAACCCCCACGCUGGAUCUCCAGAGACAGCGAUUUCAGGUUGACCGUGGUUUGCUCGUACGAGAGUGCCGAUACUUCCUUGAAUGUCAGAAUAAACACAUUUCCUCCUCCUGCGCCUGCAAUCAACCAAGGUCCACUUUCUCUUCUUCUUCUCAUUUAUCCAGAUCAGUUCUACUCGGUUCCUUAUACAGAUGACCAAUAUCCACUUGUGAAAUACCUGCGAGAGCCCAUUUUCCUUGAGGUUCAAGUACUUAACCGAAAUGACCCAAACAUCCAUUUAAUGUUGGAGAACUGCUGGGCUACCCUCUCCUUAGAACCUACUUCUUUGCCACACUGGAACAUUGUGGUUGAUGGACAAGACGGAGAGACAGAGGAGAGCGAAUUCUGGGAGAUGAAGUCCCAUCGUACUAAAAAGUGGCUUUUUGGGUUGAGUAGUCUUAUGGCAACAAAACACUAUUUUCUGCUUUCAGAAGAGACAACGGAAAAGACUGCAGUUGUGACUUUGCCGCAUGCUGUCAUUUUGGUACCGGAGGAGCAAUUUAAGAUGCAAGGCCAGCAGAAGUUGAGCAUCAAGGUGUGGAUCGCUGUUUCUUCGAUAAGUGUGUUUGCCCUUUUGACUACUAUUGUGGUAGUCCUGGUUUUGUUAUUCCGAAGGCGGAAAGGAUCUGGCUUGAUCAAUUAAAUAAAAAGAUCCCUCGAUUACCCAGGA